CGGUUUGGGCUUAAAGAAGGCUAGAGACGCAGUCGAAUUUACCAGUUCCCGCGCUUUCCAAUACUUUUAGAGCUCUAUCGCCCCCACUGUCCCUCGCAUCCUCGGCGCGAGAAACGGUGACGUCCAGCCCCGAUCGUCCAGCCCCGAUCGUCCAGCCUCGAUCGACCAGCCCCGAUCGUCCUUUUUGACUCCAGCGGUGAUCGCGCGACGCUGAUCGUCAGCGUUCAUUCCGCCAGACACUCAGCUUCAGAUAUGGGGCUCUUUAAGUCGUUAGGGAUGCUCUCCGUGCUGCUCGCGCUCCUCGCCCUCUCUCUGCCGCCCGCCCUCGCUCAACGCCCAGCAGCCCCGGCGCCCGCCCCAGCGGGCCCCUCGCCCGCACCCGCGCCCGCCCCGACGCCCUCGUCCGCGCCCUCGCCAGCGCCAGCGUCAGCGCCGUCCCCUGCCCCCGUGCCUGGCCCCAGCCCCGCUCCCACCCCCGCCCCUGUCCCCGCGCCCGCUCCCACUCCAGCAUCGCCUCCUCCCCCAGUUGUCCCUCCGCCCCCGCCCAAGGCGACGUCUACAGGUGCCACGCUGUUCUCAUCGCUGCUCCUCGUGGCCCCCCUCGUUGCGCUGGCCGUGUGAGCACGUGGAGUGGGCCGCUGUGAUGCGAGGCCCCACAGCCAUGGAGAUGUACGGUAGAGAGGGAAUGACAAGAAAAGAGAGAAUCGCCAUGGUCCCAGUGGGCUCAGUUGCACUCAUUGCUAGGAAUGGUAGUAGAUUGACUGCUUGGAUCAGUGUGCAGAGAAACAUCUAGGAUGAUAUUGCUUACUAGACUAUUUAGUGAUUUUAAUUCGAAACUUUAAAUGCCAUACCUGGCUGGCGGUUGAACA